UGCCAUUAUAGCAGCCCUAAUUAAUCGUGUUUGGAUGAAAAUAGUGUUAAAAUCAGUAAUAUUUUGGUCUUAGCCUAAAAAAUCUGGAAAUUUUUGGCAUGGCUCGGGCAAAGGUGGACCAUGUAAACCAUUUGGGUCUAGCCUGAGCUGGACCAGAUUAAACUUAGUUUAAAACACAUUCUCUCUCAUUCACAGACGCACGCAUCACCGUCCGAUCUGUCCACCUUCUACAGCCCCCCGGACCACUCCAAAACCGCUCAAUCGCCAGAGCCGUAAAUGGGAAAAAAACCCAUACUCAAACGGCGUCUAAUUUGAAGGUUCAAUUCAAGGGAAGGAAAAUUGAAAAAAAAUAAAAAAAUAAGGGAAAAUUAGGGCUCAUUACUACAGGCGCAAGACACAACUCAAAAGACAAUCACUUGGUACUUUCACUUGAACGCUACUCUCCUGUGUCUUUGCCUUGGGCUUUUUGUUCUCUCAAACAGAGCCUGCUUAAAGCUUUGUACUGCUGCAGAGUCUGCUUGAAUCUUUAUACUGCGGCAGAAUCUGUCUUGAAUAUUUUACCCAUAUCUGCAUUCUGAUAGGAAGACAAUUCGGACAUGUCUUCUGAUACUGCGAGAGAAAAUGCGUCUGUAGUUGAUUCAUCAGUGACUGAAUGGAAAAAUGACAUGGGAAAUUCAGAUGAUCUAGAGAAUGAGGAUGGCUAUCCCUUUAGGGCACAAGAACCAGAGCAUUCCCACGUCACAGACAAAAGGGGUGAAUUGUAUAAUACAAGAUAUUUCAUCAUUAAGAGUUUGAACCACCAAAAUAUCCAAUUAUCGAUUGACAAAGGAAUUUGGGCUACUCAAGUCAUGAAUGAACCAAUUCUGGAAGAAGCCUUUCAUAAUUCUGGUAGAGUUAUUUUAAUAUUUAGUGUCAACAUGAGUGGUUUCUUCCAAGGUUAUGCCCAAAUGUUGUCUUCCGUUGGAUGGAGGCGAGAUAAUGUUUGGAGCCAAGGAAGUGGUAAAGGUAACCCUUGGGGCCGGAGUUUUAAGAUCAAAUGGCUUUGCUUAAAUCACUUGCCUUUUCAAAAGACUCUACACCUUAAGAACCCAUUGAAUGACUACAAACCUAUCAAAAUCAGCAGAGACUGCCAGGAAUUACCUCAAGAUAUAGGGGAAGCUCUUUGUGAGCUCCUUGAUGGGAGUAAUGAUGCAGGUGUCCCACUGAAAAGUUUUAUCAGGGAUGAUCUACCUUCAAAAAGGCCUUGCCUAGAACCUCCAUAUUCUUUAGGAGAUGAAGAUUAUAAUGUGCCUCCACUGCAUAUGUCUUGGGCUGGUACACGCAUGCCUUAUCAUUCCUUUCUCUAUCAACAUCAAGCUGACCCAAGUAGACUUCAUUUAACACAUCCACAUACUUUGGCUACUGCAUAUUUCCCGACCACCAUGGGAGCAUCAAAAGUUGCAAGUAUGAAGAAUUCUCGCAUCAACAGAAAUCUCACCAAUCUACAAGUAAACCAUGAUAUGUCUACUCAAUUUGAUGCUUGGGGUUUAUCUGCAGAAAGCCCUAUUGCUAGUACCUUGACAGAGGAUGAUUUUCUUGAAAUGACAUAUGAAGAAUACUUGGAAGCCCAUGGCAGAACCAGCAAACAAUUAUGUCACCCUAUGAUGACACAAUCUCGGACGAUAAAAGAGCCAACAAGUAGAAAGCAUGGUGAUGAUUCAAACUCAAGUUUGUUAACUGACCGGUGCCAUUCUCGCAAGAGGUCACAUAACUCAUCCUGAGAUUGUUUCCAGCCCCAGCGCAGAGAGAUCUUGGUUUUUGCUUCAGUUCACUUUCAUCUGGGAGCUCAAAUUUGCCGCAAGGUGGUCAUUGAGUGAAGUAAAUUUAUUCUUCUAAUCCGAUAGUUGAGAUACAAUUCAGACACAAAACUAUUGUCAUGUUGUACACAUUUAUGUACUCUAUUGUAUGAACUGAUUGUAGUAUUUUUACAAGGGGCAGUUGCGAACUUGUACAGAAAUCAAUUGGCAAUGUCAUGCCCCAACUCUUUUAACAUUUUGCUCUUCUUUUUUUUCUCGGUAAUCUUACAAAGAAUAGAUACUUCUGCUUCCUAGUAAGGUGGUCAAUGAUCUAUUCAAAAGAAAAUCUUAAA